GCUGCACUGGGCUGAGCUGCGCUGGGCUGAGCUGCUGGCACAGCACAGGUUACCCAUGGCUUGCUGCCUGAAGGAUGAGCUGCUGUGCUCUAUCUGCCUGAGUAUGUACCAGGACCCGGUGAGCUUUGGCUGUGAGCACUAUUUCUGCCGUAAGUGCAUCACUGAGCAUUGGAGCCGGCAGGACCACUGUACCCGGGAUUGUCCCGAGUGCCGUCGGGCUUACAAGGACCCACUGCUCUCACCCAGCCUCAAGCUGUCCAACAUCGUGGAGAGAUACAGCGCCUUCCCCCUGGAUGCUAUCCUGCAGGCACAGCGCACCUCCUACCCCUGCAAGGACCAUGACAAAGUCAAGCUGUUCUGCCUGAAUGACAAGUGUCUAGUCUGCUUCUUCUGUGACGAACCCGCCUUCCACGAGCAACAUCACGUCACCAACAUUGAGGAGUCCUUUGAGGAGAUUCAGAGGGAGCUAAAAGAGCAGUUUGAAGGGCUGCAGGAGAGUGAGUGCGGACACAAGGAGGCACUGCACCUGCUGAGACGCCAGCUGUCAGAGACUAAGUCCUCCGCCAAGAGCCUGCGGGCUACCAUAGCUGAGGCCUUUGAACGUCUGCACCGCUUCCUGAAGGAGAAGCAGAAGAGCAUGCUGGAGGAGCUUGAGGCUGACACCGCCCGCACACUCAACGACAUUGAGCAGAAGAUCCAGCGUUACAGCCAGCAGCUGCGGCAGGUCCAGGAAGGCACGCAGAUCCUGCAGGAGAAACUGAAGGAGACGGACAAGCUCCUCUUCCUGGAGGGAAUCAACACCACUAUCGAGAGGUUAAAGGGGAAACUCCAUGAAACUAACCUGACUUAUGAGGAUUUCCCAACCUCCAAGUACAUGGGUCCACUGCAGUACACAAUCUGGAAAUCCUUGUUCCAGGAUAUACAGCCAGUGCCGGCCUCCCUCACUCUGGACCCCAUCACGGCUCACCAGCGCCUCAUCCUGUCCGACGACUGCACCAUCGUGGCUUACGGCAACCUGCACCCACAGCCUCUGCAGGACUCGCCCAGGCGCUUCGAUGUGGAGGUAUCGGUGCUGGGCUCUGUGGGCUUCGAUGGGGGAGUUCAUUACUGGGAGGUGAUGGUGUCCGAGAAGACCCAGUGGAUGAUUGGGGUGGCCCAGGAGUCUGUCAGCAGGAAGGGGAGCAUUCAGAUCCAACCGUCCAGGGGAUUCUUUUGCAUAGUGAUGCAUGAUGGGAACCAGUACAGUGCCUGUACCGAGCCCUGGACACGGCUCAAUGUCAAGUCCAAGCUGGAGAAGGUGGGCGUGUACUAUGACUACGAGAAGGGUCUCCUCAUCUUCUACAACGCCGACGACAUGUCCUGGCUUUACACCUUCCGGGAGAAAUUCUCCGGGAGAUUCUUCCCGUAUUUCAGUCCCGGCCAGAGCCACGCCAACGGCAAGAACGUCCAGCCCCUGCGCAUCAACACCGUCCGUAUCUGAACGGCUGGUGUUCCCACUGCAAACUGUUCCCCAUGUGGGAGAGAAGCUCAGCUCAUCCAUUUGAUUUGUGUG